UACGAAGCAACUUGAUUCUUCACAUACGAUGGUAUCUGACCGAUCUGGAUGCACAUGAUCUGUAAAGAAUGGAACAUUCAUAAAAAGGGAGGCCUUUGGUAGACUUGAUUGCUUUCGAGUUUUAUUCACCGUCGAAAGAAAUCUUGCUAUCCUGACCAUCAUCCCCUCUGGAUAUGCAGACUGCAUAGAGUUCCGGAAUUAUCUUACGCAACAACCUUCCUCCGGAGCCAAGCUAGUGUCUUUGCUGCUGUUCACUCGAAUCAUUUUUGACAUCAUGGGAAACGAGGUGUCUUUGCAAUGGUUUCGGGGAGAUGCGAUCAAACUGGAAACGGAGCUCCGAAAGCCUACUUCAGAUACAGAAGACUCAUACCGUUCUUUUGACGAAAAUGAUGACGACGAAGAAGACUCCGAUUAUCCGCGACAAAUAUCUCUCGAUCCUUACCGAUUGAGUCCAAUCAAGGACCACGCUCAAACAUGUUGGGCGGGAUGGAUUUUACCACCAUUGGCACCUCCCUUGCUGCAAAGAUGUAAGUCCUUGCCAAAGAUGGUUCCCGUUCUCUAUUCGGAUGCGAGCCUGGAAAGUAUCGAACCGGUAGACAUGUCGUGGUCGACCAGUUCUUCAAUGUUUCACAAAACGAGUCAGGCUCAAAAUUUUGCAAAAGAGCAUUGCGGUUCUUCCGACGAAACUUCCACUUCCUCGGGAAGUGAAGCAGAAGAGGGAGCGGAGCCUCUACAUCUGCAACUCCAUGACAGCCGAAUUUCAGUCUCUACUGCGUACCCGACACGGUCACCCGCUUUGGACCAAGGCUCCUUUUACGAACGACAUGGUUCUCUGGCCAAAGCUCUACAAUCGUACCAGAGUAGUUUGCAAGAGUUGUCAGAUUUGAGCCUUCUUGCUGGAACUCAUUACCGUGUGGGGGUAGUGCAAUGGAAAAAAGGUGCAUAUGAUGACAGUUUGCACAGUUUCAAACAAUCUCUCGCAACCUACCAUCUAAAGGCUUGCGCCGGAUCAGAUGAAGAUAUUGCACAGGUGUACUUGUCCAUUGGACGGGUCUACGCUUCCAAAGGAAAACAUCGAAAAGCGAAGAAGUCAUUCAAGCUUGCCUUACAAUUGAUAGUGCUGGAUGAAGUGCUUGAUCAUAACUGUGAAGUAAGCAACCGUGUCCAAGUUCUUUACGCAAAGAUUUUGUUGGCUUACGGUUCCAUCUUGGUUGAAGAUUUUGACUACGUGACGGCAACCAACCUCUUUCACGACGCACUCGCGAUUCAGAAGGAAGUGCUGGGUGAUAUGCACGUUGAUGUAGCUUCAACGUUGCUAUCGUUUGGUUCCCUCAAUGAGAAAUUGGAAAAGCUCGAAGACGCCAACACAUGUUACUGGGAAGCUUUUCAGAUUUACCGAUCCGCGGAUUCUUCGGCAGUUGAUAUGGGUGUCACACUGACGAGUAUCGGUUGGAUCUACUAUCAGCAGCACAACCUGGAAAGUGCGAUGCACGCCUACCAGGAUGCUUUGGAUUUACUUCUGCCCAAACUUGGCGACGAUCAUCGAAACGUAGCUUCGGUACGGAUUCAAAUAGGGAUGGUGCAUAUCCAGAAAAAUGAACUGGAUCUGGCCCUGGAGCAGUAUAAGGAAGCUCUCCGAGCUCAACGUAUCGCGCUGGGUGACGAGCACAAAGACGUUGCGAUUACCUUGAGCUUGAUUGGCGCCACAUUGGAGAGCCAAGGUCGCUUCAACAAGGCCAUCGAGUUUGUGGACCGCGCGUUGUGUAUUCGUAAAAAAGAUUUUGGUCCUUCACACUUGCACGUGGGCACAACGUUGGCCCAACUCGGUGAACUGUACAAAAUUGCCGAUAGACCCGAGGCGGCCGCCCAGUGUCUCAGAGACGCAGUGAGUGUGUUUCGUGCCAACCAAGUGGAUGGCAAGAAUCCUUGCCUUGUCCAGUCCAAACGUGCGUUGCGAAACUUACGCCGCAGCCGCCUUCCUGCUGCUCCCAACGAGACUUUGUAG